AGGAGGGAGAGGACCCGGAUGCUGACCCGGCUUGGGGUGACUGGCGGCCGGGUGCUGGGACGCGGGGGAGGCAGAGGGGCUCUGAGGAGCGGAAGGGCACCAAUGCAGUGCAGGGGAAAAAGCCAGCCUGCGAGCUUAUUACAGCACUACCGGUGUGGAGCCCUUUUUCCUCAGAGCCAUCAUUUCCAAGGCUUGGAGUAAAAGGGUCUUGCUGUGCGCCUCACACCUGCGCUUCUCGGGGGCCCAUAUGUUUAGCUAGUUUCAUUCAGACCAGAGCCUGCCUAUAAAAAACAGAGAGAAAUACUGUGCAUGGAAUUUUCGAUAUUUGUAUGCGUGCUGAGGCACGAUUUUAUCCUCUUGAGGUUCAUUCAGUCCUCAUGUGGAAAGACAGGAUGGACCUUGUGCGACUUCCUGAACGCGUCUGGUCAGACAAAGUGAAACGUGAUAGGAGGAUGUGAAUUAGAGCUUUGGCUUAGGGAAGUAUAGAGAGGUUUUUCUGAGGGAAUGAGGAUCGAGCUCGGCUCAAGAAGCCAGCAGGAGUUCCUAAGGGAAAAGCCUUAAGGAAAGGAGAACAUGUUGGAAAUGCGUUUCAGGACAAAGCUUUCCCAGUAUCUGAGGCCCAGAGAGAUGAGGAAGGCAGGUUAAGGAAUUUUGAUCCAGCACCCUGGAGACUGAAGCCGGAGGCUUACUACUGUGUAUUGUAGGCCAGCCUAGAUUACACAGGAUGAGCCUGUCACCAGAAAUCAAAAUUAAAAAAGGUUUUAUCUGCUCUAAUGGUCCAGUGAGUAAUAGGAUAUCUUGGAUUCCCAACUUGAAUUGCUAAAGUGACAACUCACCCAGAAGUAGAGUUUAGCAUUGUGGUGCUGACACAUUCCAAGGCCAGCCUGAACUACGUAAUGAGUUCCUGGCUAGCCUGGGCCACACAGAUCCUCUCUCAAGAAAAAAAAAAAAAAAAAAUGAUGGCGGAAGAUCAGAGGGGCAGCUGCAAUAGUAUUUCAACAGGGAAAACGAUCUACUUGCAUAAAUAUUCACUAAUCUCUUUUUCAAACAAAUUUCCAACAGCUUUUCAGUUUUUUAAAGUGGGAAACUGGUAUCAGAUUUGCACUGAGGCAUUCUGUAGUGAUUCCACAUAAGAUUAACUGAGUUCGUGCCACUCAGCACUUAAGUCUAGUACAUGAAAAGCUGAAACUUCUAACCAAGACAAUUGACAGUCCUUAGUUUAAAAAAAAAACAGUCAAGAGUAUAUAGAACUCUUAAACUGCCUUAGACUCUUAAAGUGCAAAACAGAUUGACUGUCAGUACUUACAUUGAAGUUCUCAUGUUUCUCCACCAUAGAGAAUACUAUAUGUAAAUAUUUUUAAGGGAAGGGAACAUUAAUUGACUUAUAUGAGUACUGUUAAACUGUGAAUGAGCAAAAAAAUAACUUUUUUAAAAUUCACCACUAGUGGAGUAAUAUUAAAGAUUUUUUUAAAACACCAGGUUUUUUGGGAGGCAGAGGCAGGCGCAUCUCUGAGUUUGAGGCCAGCCUAUCUACAAAGCAGAUUACAGGAAAGCCAGGACUCUGUUACACAGAGAAACCCUUUGGGGGGAGGGGAGGAGAUGACAACAUGACACUUCAGUGUUUAAAGGAUGUGUCACUCUUAAUUCCUGUGCAAAAGGUACCUGCUAUUGACCCAGAGGCAAAUUCUUGAAGGUGACUUCAUUAUUUAAAGUUAGGUCAAAUGUGUUUUCCAGAAUACAAACAAGAUAGCAUGCUUUUUGCUGGCACCUAAUUGAGAAAUGGCUCAGUAGGUAAAGUCCUUGCUGUGAAAUCAUGAGGACCUGGGGAUUGCUAGCCAGCCAGUCUAGCCAAACCAGCAAACUCUAGCUUCAAUAAAAGACUAUUUCAAACAGUAAGGUGGGAAGGUUAAAGAAAUUACCCAAUGUCAAUCUCAAAGUUCCACAUACACCACUAUAGUGGUUUAAAUGAGAAUGCCCCCCCCAAAGUUGGUGGAACUGUUUGGGGAAGGAUUAGGAGGUGUGGACUUUUUGGAGGAGGUAUGUCACUAGAGGUAGCCUUUGAGGUUUCAAAGGCUCAUGCCAUUCCUAGUUAGCUUUCUGCCUCAGGCUUAUGGAUAAGAUGUACGCUCUCAAAUACUGCUCCAGUGCCAUGCAUGCCUGCCUGCUUGCUGCCAGAUCUCCAUCAUGAUGUUCAUAGACUCACCCUCCAAAACUGUCAUCUUUGAAAUUUAUAAAACAUGGAGAAGACUCAAGAGAAAGCUGAAAGAAUUCUUCUAGAGCCCUAUAGGUACUUACUUCAAUUACCAGGUAAACAGGUGAGAACCAAACUUUCACAGGCAUUUAAUCACUGGCUGAAAGUUCCAGAAGACAAACUACAGAUUAUCAUUGAAGUAACUGAAAUGUUGCAUAACGCCAGCCUACUCAUUGAUGAUAUUGAAGACAAUUCAAAGCUCCGACGUGGUUUUCCAGUGGCGCAUAGCAUCUAUGGAAUCCCAUCUGUCAUCAAUUCUGCCAAUUAUGUCUAUUUCCUUGGCCUGGAGAAAGUCUUAACACUUGAUCACCCAGAUGCUGUAAAGCUUUUCACACGCCAACUUUUGGAACUCCAUCAGGGACAAGGCCUAGAUAUUUACUGGAGGGACACCUACACCUGUCCCACUGAGGAAGAAUACAAAGCCAUGGUGUUGCAGAAGACAGGUGGAUUGUUUGGACUAGCAGUGGGUCUCAUGCAGUUGUUCUCUGAUUACAAAGAAGAUUUAAAGCCACUGCUUGAUACACUUGGACUCUUCUUCCAGAUUAGAGAUGAUUAUGCCAAUUUACACUCCAAAGAAUACAGUGAAAACAAAAGUUUCUGUGAAGACCUGACAGAAGGGAAGUUCUCAUUUCCCACUAUUCAUGCCAUCUGGUCAAGGCCAGAAAGCACCCAGGUACAGAAUAUCCUGCGCCAAAGAACAGAAAAUAUAGAUAUUAAAAAAUACUGUGUGCAGUACCUGGAGGAUGUAGGUUCUUUUGAAUAUACUCGAUACACUCUGAGAGAGCUUGAAGCUAAAGCCUAUAAACAAAUUGAGGCCUGUGGUGGGAACCCUGCACUAGUGGCUUUAGUGAAGCAUUUAAGUAAGAUGUUCACAGAAGAAAAUGAAUAAUAUUUGCUGAUUUUGGUUAGAUUCAAUGGCUUCUUUCAGUUGAAAAUGCGGAGUGGCUUCCUGUUUAUCUUUUCAAGUACUAGUCUCCAAAAACUGAGUAAAUGAGGAUGAUGUGGGUGAAAGUGUUUCAUUGUCAGAAUCCCUUUGCAUAAAAAUACAAACUUGAGGGCUAGAGUGAUGGCUCAGUGCUUAAGAGGCUUGCAGAGAACCCAGGUUCAAUUCCCAGUGCCCAUAUAGAAGUUCACCACCAUCUAUAACUCCAGUUCCUAUGAUCUGAUGGCCUCUUCUGACCUUUGCAGGCAGCAGGCAUGCACGUAAUACACUGACACACACAUAGGCAAAGCACUCAUACAAAUGAGAUAGAUUUUUUUAAUUUUUUAAAAACACAAAGUUGAAAGUACCAGGAGCCACAAAAACGGGUCUUAGAAAUGUCAGACGCUAAAUGUGACCAACCCCCUACUACCCCACAUGUUCUGGAUUUAUGAAUAAAAAAGACAUCUUCCAAGAAA